AUGACCGACAAACCAGACAAAAAUUCUCCUCUAUCAAUGUACUUUGAUUCGAAUAUUCUUUUCUUGAAGUUAACUGGAUUUUGGGUGUACGAUAAUCCAAAUGAAACAAAAGUCAGCAAGAAGUACCUCCAACACAGCUACAACAUUUUCUGGUUCUGUUAUCUAUUUAUCGCUUAUCUACCGGCUGAAAUCCGUUACCUGUACUACUGUUUCGAUAAUUUGAACGAGUUUCUUCGGGCCUUACGCGAUAUCGGCAAUCAUGUGUCCUUAGGAUACAAGGCUGUCAACUUUUUUCGUAUGAGAAAGGAGUUGUUGAGUGUAAUAGAUGUUCUACAAAACGGGGACUACAACUAUGAGGUAUGCGAAAAGUUUAAUCCUUUGGAAAUUAUAGAAAGAGAAAAAAAGCAGGCACUUAAAUGGACUAAGUACUUUUUAAAUUUCUGUAACGCUAUUUGUUUGAGUAUGUUCCUGAACGGCCUCUUUACGUUUAUUUUUAUGAGUGAAUCCCAAUACCACAUUGAGAAUGAUGUGAAAGUAUAUAAACAACAGCAACCAGUUAAUACGGUUUCACCUUUUGGAUCUGGCACAAAGUGGCAAUUUUUUGUCACUUUUAUAUACACAAUGAUCGCUUUAACUUUUUAUGCUUGGAUGAUUGUGGCACUGGAUUCACUGUUUAUAACACUGAUGAGCUGUAUAAGUGCACAUCUUAAGAUUUUGCAAGGGGCUUUUAAAACUCUCAGACUUCGAUGUAUGAAGCGCACAAAAAUUGACAUUGAGCUCCAAGAUUUUAUUCUUCAUGAUCCACCGGAACUACAAGCAGAAGUUAAUACAGAGAUGGUUAAAUGUAUUAAACAUUUACAAACCGUACUCAAAGUUUCAGAGAAGAUGGAAUAUAUUUAUAGUACGCAGACUUUUAUUCAAACAUUUAUAUCUUUGGGUGAAAUGUGCUUUUCGUUGUAUCUCCUAAGCGAAACAAUUGAUCAAAAUAUUGGUAACGAAAUUACUUACUUGAUUGCAACUGGAUUCGAACUCUUAAUGUAUUGCUGGUUUGGGAACAGAAUUACUGAAGGGAGUAUUCGGCUGAAAUAUUCAUUAUAUGAUAGUGACUGGUUUGCGACACAUUUGUCAUUCCGCAAACAAAUCAUUUUUACAAUGACUAGGAUGCAAAAACCAAUAUAUGUAACAAUAGGGAAAGUUACACCAUUGACGUUUAAUACAUUUCUCACUAUUGCAAGAGGAGCAUACUCGUUUUUCACUUUUUUGAAACAGAGACAUGGCAUAAAUUAUAAGUAA